UUAAGAAUCCUAAUCCAAUUUCGCUUCUUCCAAUUCAAAAAUUCCCACAGAAAAUGAAUAAAAUAUUCCCAUAAACAAUUGUUUCUCCAGAUAAAGGCCCUUUCCUGCCGGGAGAAAUGAAUGCAGUAAUUUAAUCCCAAGUUGAGCCAUUUUGUCAAUUCUUCCCAUAAUUCAAAAAGAAAAAUUGUUGAUUCUACCACUAAUCCACCAUCGCUUCUUAACCCAAUUUUCCUCUCCUCUUUCUGACAUAUUAUCAAACAAAUUCAAAGCAAUGUCUACUCAUUUGAGUGAGCAGGUUGUCCAAGUAGAGUAUCUUGAUGUCCUCACCAAGACUGGAGAGAAAACUGGCGUUUCAAAACCCAGGGGUGAUGUCCACAGAGAUGGUGACUAUCAUCGAGCUGUACAUGUGUGGAUAUUUGCUGAGAGUACGCAAGAACUCCUUAUUCAACUUCGUGCUGAAUGCAAAGAUUCCUGGCCUGGCCAUUGGGACAUCUCUAGUGCAGGUCAUAUCUCCGCAGGAGAUUCAUCUCUUGUCACAGCGAGGUAUUCAUCAUUUUAUUGUGUAGAUUGAAACUGAUUGCAUUCUUAUAGCUUGACAUGCCACUAGGUAUUUGGCUCUAGAAUCAUUUCCUUCUUACUACGUGAAGGUUUGUGAUACUUGUAUACCCAGUCAUAUCCGUUGAUCUUGUUUAUCCAAUGGUUCAGAUUUUUUAA